AUGGCAUCGGCCUCGACACGCUCCGCCGUCGCAAACACUAUCGUGACGGCCCGCGACGACACAACCCUCAACUCACGCCACCGCAAAGUCCGACGGCACAAGGGCGACCGCGGGCCCGGCAAUGGCAACACGACACCCUCCGUGAGCAGCAACCUGCGCAAUUCGCCCGAGAUUCCCUCGCCCGGCGAGACUCCCAGCGGCACCAGCACCCCCCUCCCCGAAAAUGCGCCCCCCUCCGACCAAUACCUCUUCACAGCCCGCAAGCUCGCCCGCGCCGAGCAGCGCCGCCUCCGCCGCCGCAUCUUCCCCACCGUCGACUAUACAUCGCGCGUCUCUCACUUCGACCCCAACUCGGACUACAAGGACUUCCAUGGCUUCUACACGCUGUUCUGGAUCGGGCUAUGUAUCCUCGCCAUCACUACCAUGCUGCGCAACAUCAAGGAUACGGGAUACCCCAUGCGCGUGCAGAUCUGGGCCCUCUUCACCGUAAAGUUGCAGGAGCUCGCCCUCGCUGAUUUCCUCAUGGUGGCUACGACGGCCGCCGCGCUACCAUUGCAGUGCCUUUGGAGGAAAUUCCCUGCCGAGUCGCUGGGGACGUGGAAGAACAGUGGCAUGGCCGUGCAGAGUCUGUAUCAGGUUACAUGGUUGGCCUUUUGGGUCGCUGUGCCGUUUCUUUUUGAUUGGACGUGGACGGCGCAGGUGUUUUUCUUGCUGCAUACCAUGACCAUGUUGAUGAAGAUGCAUUCGUAUGCUUUUUACAAUGGACAUUUGAGCGAGACGGAGAAGAGGUUGCGCGCGCUGGAUAACCCGUCGACGGCGUCAAAGGAUCCCGUCUACAUGUAUCCCAGCCCCGAGAACCCCGAGGGCACCCUGUCGAGUCCCAAGCGUCCCUCGUUCAGCCACCGCGAGAAGCACCACGUUGUCCAUCACCUCAAUGGCAACGGGAAUGGUAAAUCUAACGCUAAAACCAACGCCAACGGUAACGGAAAGAGCAGAAUCGACGAAGCCGCCUGCUGCUCCGACGAAGAGCUCGAAAACCUCCGCGAAGACCUCGCAGGCGAACUCACUAGCCCCAUGGGCAAUGUCACAUACCCGCGCAACCUCACCUGGUCCAACUACCUCGACUACCUCCUCUGCCCGACCCUCUGCUACGAGCUCGAGUACCCGCGCACGCCCAAAAUAGACUGGGCUGCGCUCUCGAGCAAAUUCGUCGCCACCUUCGUCUCCAUCUUCCUCCUUACCAUCGUCUCCGAAGAAUUCAUCCUCCCCGUGCUCACCGACGCCUCCGACCGACUCAACCCGUCCUCUACCACCACCGCGGCCCCCUCCGUCUCCGAAACCCUCCUCAUCCUCGCCGAAACCAUCUCCUGGCUCCUCUUCCCCUUCAUGGUAACCUUCCUCCUCGUCUUCCUCGUCAUCUUCGAGUACGUCCUCGGCGCAUUCGCGGAAAUCACCCGCUUCGCCGACCGCCAUUUCUACUCCGACUGGUGGAACUCGACCGAUUGGAUGGAGUUCUCCCGGGAGUGGAACGUGCCCGUGCAUUCCUUCCUACGGAGGCACGUCUACUCGGCCAGUCGCGCGAGGAUGGGCAAGUCGAUGGCGACGGUCAUGACGUUUUUGAUCUCGGCUGUGGGUCACGAGAUUGUGCUGGCUUGCAUUACGAAGAAGUUGAGGGGGUAUGGGUUUGCUUGCCAGAUGCUGCAGUUGCCUAUUGUGGUUUUGCAGAGGACGAAGUGGGUUAAGAAUAGGCAUACUUUGAAUAAUGCCAUGUUUUGGUGUUCGAUGAUUUUGGGGUUGAGUAUGAUUUGCUCGCUCUACGUCUUGAUGUGA